UAAAAAAGAAUCACUGCCUUCCUUUUCCCUCCUCUAUCUCCAAUUUUCCUUGUUCUUUUGCCGACCAAAUGAAGCCUUAACUCCGCCAACCCGACUCACCCCAUCACUCACUGAGUCACUCUAACUUUUUCUUCCUUCAUUCUGCAUUCUCUACACUACUCACUGAGUCAUUUAUUCCCGGAUGUAAUUACAAAUGCAAGAUCUCUUUGGAUCAGUUCGUCGAUCGCUGGUGUUCCGUACGGCCUCAGAAAGCAACAAUCCCGACCCCAACACUCCUCCAACCCUAGUCGACAAGAUCAAUUCUUGCAUUCGCAAAUCCACUCUCUUCUCCAAACCCAUUUCUUCUCCGCCUCUCAAAAUGGCCCCUCCCAUCCGAUGGCGCAAAGGCGAGUUGAUUGGUUGUGGCGCUUUUGGCAGAGUCUACAUGGGCAUGAAUCUUGAUUCCGGAGAGCUUUUGGCUGUCAAACAGGUUUUGAUUGCAGCAAACAGUGCUUCAAAGGAAAAAACACAGGCUCAUAUCAAGGAACUUGAGGAAGAGGUCAAGCUUCUCAAAGAUCUUUCUCAUCCUAACAUUGUUAGAUAUUUGGGUACAGUGAGGGAGGAGGAAUCAUUAAAUAUUUUGUUGGAAUUUGUAUCGGGUGGAUCAAUAUCAUCACUUUUGGGGAAGUUUGGCCCAUUUCCGGAGGCUGUUGUAAGAACUUACACGAAGCAAUUGUUGUUGGGGCUGGAGUAUUUACACAAGAAUGGAAUUAUGCACAGGGAUAUAAAGGGGGCAAAUAUCCUUGUAGAUAAUAAAGGAUGCAUUAAACUUGCAGAUUUUGGUGCAUCCAAACAGGUGGUUGAGCUGGCAACUGUAUCAGGGGCCAAGUCUAUGAAGGGGACUCCUUAUUGGAUGGCUCCAGAAGUUAUUCUGCAGACUGGACAUGCCUGUUCUGCUGAUAUAUGGAGUGUUGGGUGUACGGUGAUUGAAAUGGCCACCGGAAAGCCUCCUUGGAGCCAGCAGUACCAAGAGGUUGCUGCCCUCUUCUAUAUAGGAACAACAAAGUCUCAUCCACCAAUUCCUGAGCAUCUUUCUGUUGAGGCAAAAGAUUUUUUGCUGAAAUGCUUACAAAAGGAACCAAACAUGAGACCAACAGCAUCUGAAUUGCUCAAGCAUCCAUUUGUCACUGGGGAAUGCGGAGAAUCUCAUCCUUUUUUACGUGCUUCAGUCAUGGAAAAUUCUGAAAUUCCUUCACCAUCACAGGCUGCAAAUCUGGAAAACAUUCAAACAAUGGCAUCCCCUGGCUCAUCAGACAUAUGUAAUUUGGGCAGUCUUAGCUGCUCAACCAUGAUUUUGGAGAAACCUGCUGGAAUUAAGCAUGUAUGGGCAACAAGCGAUGAUGAUUUGUGUCAACUAGAUAGAGAUUUUUUUAUGCCUGGUGAUGUAAAGAGUUUUAAUCCCAUGAGUGAGCCCUUGGAUGAUUCGAGAAGCAAAUAUGAUGGAAGUCCUGAACCAGAGAAAAGAGGACUGAAACCAAACAAUGAUCAAUCAAUUCAUGUGCCUGCUGGCCACCUUAGUGCUUCUGGUGGGGUCAAUGAUUUAUCAUUUCCUCAUGGGCCUUGCCUCUCUGAGGAUGAUGAUGAACUUACCGAAUCAAAAAUCAAAGCCUUUCUAGAUGUGAAGGCUGUAGAACUAAAGAAACUACAAACUCCUUUAUAUGAAGAGUUCUACAAUAGUUUGAAUGCAUCUUGCUCUCCAAGUUUCGUUGAGAGGGUUAGCAAUGAAACCUCUCCAAAUUACUUGAAAUUACCUCCUAAAAGCAGGUCUCCAAGUCGGGUACCUCUUGGGAGCCCAUCUGUAGCAGUUGAUGCUGCUACGACUGGAAGUCCAGGGAGUAAUGGUAAGCGUGUACCAAAUGUUGCAAAUACAAAUGAUCACACUUCACAAGAGAAUUCUUCCCCUCAGUUGAAUGAUAGGAAAGGGCUUGUGGUCGAAGGUCAGCUAGAGUCAUGCAGCCCAAGUAUGAGCUUUUCUGAGAGACAAAGGAAGUGGAAAGAAGAGCUUGACCAAGAGCUUGAGAGGAAGCGAGAGAUAAUGAGGCAAGCAGGCAUGGGAGGGAAAACAUCUUCACCAAAGGAUCGAGUUCUAAAUCGGCAGAGAGAUAGGACAAGGUUUGCAUCUCCUGGAAAAUGAGGGCAUAUCAGAAUGUUUCAACCUUCACAGGGGAACUUGAAUAUUCCUGUCAUGAGUUCAUCCUAAGAUAUGCAGUUUUGCUAAGAGUGGUGAAAUAAUGCUACGGGAUUGGUUUGCCAGCUUCACUUGAAAACAGAAUAUCUGAGGCAUUUUAUUCAAUUUCUCAUUGUUCAGCCUAAAAAUGUAUGGUAUCGUUGCAAUAUAAUCUCCAUUAAGGGGGAGAGAAGAAAUUAUGUUUGAAGAAAUAUUUCUAUCCUUCUUUAUUUCGCUGGCUUUUCAUUUUUGGGUGUUUUUAGGAGACAGUAGAUAAUUUCUCAAGUUUGUAUGUAGUGCACAGUCCCAGGACAGAAAUUGUAUUAAAAAUGUAGAAUAAUGGAUUGAUAUGGCUUUUGGAAGUCAA